GCGCCCCCUCGCACCGAGGCCCCGUCCCCACCCAAGCGGCACCGCGCGCUCGCCGCCGUUGCCAGGGCGACGCGUGUUGCGGCAGCGGCUGCUUGUGGUUGUACUGCUGCUUGUGGUUGUACUGCUGCUGGUUGUACUGCUGCUGGUUGUACUGCUGCUGGUUGUACUGCUGCUGGUUGUACUGCUGCUUGUGGUUGUACUGCUGCUUGUGGUUGUACUGCUGCUGGUUGUACUGCUUGUGGUUGUAACUGCUUGUGGUUGUAAUUGCAUGCAGUUGCACUGCUGCAUGUGGUUGUAACUUGCUGGUGGCUGUGCUGCUGCUGCUGCAAGUGAUUGUAAUUACUGCUGGUGGUUUAUGCCGGGACUGCCUACCCACGAAGCACCUCCGAUCGGCACAGCCGCCUCACGUCGCGCUGGCUAAAGAAGUUCACCCCACGCCUUACGGAAGCCGCCACCACCACCACCACCGCCGCAGGCCGCAGCCCCGGUGUUGUUGGGGGGGGCUGCAGCUGCUGCCGCUGCUGCUGCUGCUGCUCAAUGUCGUCCCCACACGCCCUGUCCGCGCUGCUCGCCGGCGCCCGAGCAAGGCCCCGAGUCGUCCCGGCAGCAGCAGCGGUGGUGGCGGACACGGAGCGGGAGAGCGGCUCCGACAGCGGGUUAGAAGAUGCCCCGCCACGCCGGCCGGCGUCACUCCCCUCCACGCGGGUCUGCCCCGUCCCUACCACCACGGCCGCCCCUGUGUCUGACCCAGCCCGGCUGCGGGGGUUCGCCGAGCAGGCAGACGAGCGAGUGGGCGAGCGGACGGGCGGAGAGCAGCUGGAGGUCCUGUACCGGGAAGCCGUCAAGAGGGCCCAGGAGCAACGGCCUAUGUCACCUGAGACCCCCAGGGAGGACGAGGGGAGCUCGCCGGAGCCGUCCGCGAAGGCAACGCCGGCGGCGUGGAGCGAUCGCACGUGGGACGCCGACAACCGCCGUGGUGCCGUGUCCAAGCCACCUUUGCCGAGCUCAGCGGGAAGGUUGCACACUGGGACCAGCAGCAGCGGCAUGCGCGUCAGCUCCCACUCUAAGCCCUGGCGCUCGCUGCUCGAUCUUGGGUCGUGGGACGACUCGGAGGUGGACACCCCGCCGGCCGUGAGGCGGGUGCUUCAGCUGUGGCAAGGCUUCCGUCUGGAUGACUACGCGGCGUUUCACGGGCGCCCGGAGCCAAGGCCUAAGCCUCGGAGCGCCUCGUGCGCUCGCUCGCCCAAAGUCACCAUCCCCAAGCCUUUCUCGCUGGUGCAGCGCGAGGUGGAGCGGGAGGCGGCGCGGGGGACGCGGCGCCGCCGCCUGGCGGAGGAGCUGGCGCGGCUGGCGCUGGAGCGGAGGCAGCGCGAGGAGGCGGAGUGCGCCGUGAGGGUGCGCGCGGCCCCCGUGCCGGCGCGCAGCCUGCUGCCGCUCUACCACGAGCUGCGCGAGCGGGCGCAGCGGCGCAGCCACGGCAACCGCGCCGCACGCAAAGAAGAACUGCGGGCAUCACUGAAGCCGUUUGAGUUUGCGGAGAGGGAGGAGAACAAGAGAGAGUUGAGAGUGUGUCCACGGCACGACUUGGAAAAGGAGGUGUCAUCUAAGUCCCGGCGCGCGGGCUCGGCAGAGCGACCGGCCCUGCGAGCCGUGCUAGACCCCAGCGUGAGCGAGCGGCUGGCGGCUGACGAGCUUCUGCGGCGAGUGCGGGCCGGCAUGCGUGCCCAGGAGCUCCUGGAGAAAGCGGCCAUUCCACCCGGACUCCACGCCCACAUCGCACAGCAGGCCCGGGGUGAGCAGCGGGAGGGCAGGUCACGCACGGCACCCGUGGCAACCCGCUGCUCGGAGCCGUCGUUUCGCCCGCGCGUGCACCACAGCGUGCCCGACUUCCAGCGCCUGCUGCGCGACUUCCAGCGCAGCUCGCUGUCGCGCUCGGCCCCUCCGCCGCCGCCCGUCGCCUGUGCUCCCUUCGCGCUGCGCACGACGCAACGCGGGGAGAAGAGGGCCGCCGCAGCCACGGCCUCCGCCGGGAGGGACGCGCGGCCGAGGGCCUUCCGCUCGAGCCCGUGCCCCCCGGCGGCCGACUGGAUCCCAACCCGCAGCAACGACGCGGCGAGGCGGCGGCACGAAUCCAUACGCAGUAGGGCGUUGGAGGGCAGAGAGCGAAAGGAGAGGGAUGAGGAGGAGAGGGCGAAGACGAGGAGGGAGAGGGAGAGAGCGAUGCGUGCCGACCUCUUGCGACGGGCGCGUGCCAACGACCCUCAUCGCAGCCUCGCCGAGAGCCACCCCGGAAAGCUGAGACAAGUCAAGGAGCAGGACAAGAAACGCACUAACGAGUACAACACAGAGCUGCAGGCUAUGAAGGCUCGUGUGGCCAGAAGACCUCUCCUGCUGGAGCAAGUCACCCAGAGGAACGCCAAGAGGCAGGCGGAGCGGCGCUUUCGGGAGGCGCUGCAGGAAACCGGGAUGGAUGAGGAGUUUGUGCGCGAGCUUGGAAGCGGGGCGGCCGGCGGGGAGACGCCCGGGCCCGCUGAUGAAGACGGUGACGACGGUGACGACGAUGACGAUGGUGCGAGCGACACGGGGAUGACGGGCGGCGUCCCAGACUCGGUCGGCCGAGGAGACUCCCAGGACUCGCGCCCUCUGCAGAACAGCAGAGGCGACGAGAGUGAGGAUGUGAAAGGGAGCCAAGAGAGCGAUGAGGGUGACUUGGAAGAGCAUCGGGAAGAGGGUGACAAAGAGGAUGCCAGCGAAGGUGAGGACGAUGUGGAUGAGCGUCAGUGAUGCCGGACGAUGGGACGAAGGCCCAUCUCGUGCACUUUACACUCAGGAAGUGAAAGUCUUUAAUAUCAUCGACAAUGGAAUCACCGACAAUGGAAUAAUGAGCAUGCCUUAGCAGAAUCUAGACCUUAAAAAGCCAGAGGCACGUUCACCAAUGGAACUUUGCAUAUAAAGUGGUUGCUGGCAAAACAUGGUGUAAUUGCCAAUGUAGGACGCGCCUGCAAACAAAAAGAGUCUAGGUUAAAUAAGUAAUGAAUAAUUAUUGCAUCGAUCAUCGUGAAUUGCUUGUCCAGUUUUCACUGCACGUAGUUCUGAGAACAUCCACAAGAUGGCACUCCAACACCACUCAACGAAUGCACAAGGCAUAACAGUAGACGUCUCAACACAUCAACAAGCUAGCUACACGGCUUUGCAGGGCAAUUUGUUGGACAGCAACAUUUGUUUAAACAAACGCUCGACUUUCAGCGACUCAUCAGGCUUGUUCUAUUUGUCUAUUUCAAUGCCCCCCCCCCCUUAAAAACAGCUGUUCAUGCUGUACAGGGCAGUCCAGAUAUCUUGUGCCUCCCAAUUCAUUAACCCCUAACAUUUGUUUUUACUUUGCAUAUUAAAUUUGUGUUUUACAUCAACCUUACUUUAAAAAUAUAUAUUAGGUUUUCGAGAAUUAAGGGUCAGAAGACAUCUGGACCACCUUGUCGACUGGUCUGCUAUUUGUUGGUUCGCUAUUGGCACCAGAUUUUUUUUGUGAUAUGCUUGUACUCGCCUUGAUCUGAUUGAUAGAUUGUGAACAGGAUGUGUGUAACUGCAAUACCGGUGCAAUUGAGUGUUCUAAUCGGUGAGGGGUGUAAAGACGCAUCGGAAGGCAUCACGGUGGUGAGAUGUUAACUACCUCGCCUGGUUUACAGGACGUCGUGGGUUCGAUCCCGACCCUGACGCAUGCUGCUGUAUAUUUGGAGUUUUGCACGGUCGCGUGGAUUUUUAUCCGAGUCCUCUGAUUUUUCCCUCUACACUUAGAAACAUUCGGUUAGAGUAUUUGGUUGCUGCUAUACAGUUCCACGUGAUAAGCCACUUCGUUUAGCUCUCAUUUGUGAGGAGGUCACUUCUGAAAAAGAGCUGUAUAGCUUAGUGGCGCCUGGCCUGGUAAAAUAGAUUCAUCAACUCAAACCGAUUUUUAAGGCUCACAUCACACGUGUAAGAAUCAACAUGCAAAUUAUUUGAAAACGGUAUGCUUCGUUAGCGAAACUGUGAUUAGUGCAUAACAUUUGCAUUUGUUUUGCAUGCAUGUUAAAUAACAGAUUCUUACACGUGCAAUUUUUAUACGUAUAUUAUCAGUGUAAGUAUUGCAAUGAAAUGAUGAAUGAACGUCUGUUGCUGGUUCAGUAUUGGCACUAAGUUUUAGAUGAAAUAUGCCGAUAACCAAUAACUCAAGGUAUAAUAAUACAUUUCAUGCAAUCCCGUAUUAGCAAAGUUAUUUAAUCUGAUUUCUUGAUUACCUUUAUUAAUACUGUCUUUAAAUUACUAUGUUACGAUUAAACUAGGCUCAAGAAUCACGGCGGUGUAAUGAUUGUAGGCUUCUGAUUGUAACCUAUAUGCAUUUGUUGCAAUUGUCCUCAUUAACUCAGGCUUCUGGCCCAGCAAUGUCUUAUGUAUAAUUGUAUUUGAAUAUUUUGAAUAUAUAUUUUUUUUAAUCAAAGUAAUUGAGAUGGCCGAUUAGCUAAGAAGUCAAGAGUGCUGCAUUAGCACCUCUGAGAUCUGGACGUCUAUGAAACAGAGCUUCAUAGCUCAUCGGAUUCCUCCACUCAAUAAAGAUUCUGAUUAAACUGGGUCAUUAAGUGCAGUGAGUUGAUGGCCUCAGUCCGGUUACCGAAGGCUAUGUAUAAAAAAACAUGUAAAAUUUGGUUCUGCACUUAAUUUGGGAAAAUUUCAGCCUCUUAGAAUGCAAAUAUUAGUUUGACCGGCAUGCGACGAACCUCACUCUCAUAUGCAGAGCGGGAUAUUGAUGUCCUUUAUUCUGUGUUGACCAGAGGUCACUUGAAGGAAUCUCAGAGGUAACUCUGUGAUAUCCACUUCCUACGAACGUUCUCCAAGACGAAGGUUUGCACCGCUCUGCAAGAGAUUCGAAAUGAUGCUUGGCCUUGUGAAGUGAUGCCAAAGAACAAUCUGAAUACAAAUUUGGGAGAAAUUAGAUAUAUUUUUUUCCAACAUGAACGUAAUCAUCGGAUACAAGUUAUGGCCAUCUGUUUGACGUUACUUUCAUUUGCCGACUGAAAUUGGAUUACCGGUACCAUCUUUUUUUAGUAUUAUAAUAAAAGUAAUGCGUUAGUUGUAUUAUUCCCCAGGACUGUGGUCACAUGUGAGAGAGUGGUCUAACCUGGUGUAUGCUGUAUUUUGACACCAGCCACCUAUAUAUUUUUUAGUAAUCUAAUGACAAGUGCUGCGUUAGUUGUAUUAUUCCCCAGGACUGUGGUUACAUGUGAGAACGUGGUCUAACUCGGUGUAUGCUGUAUUCUGUACUUGUGACGCCAGCCACCUCGGCUGUUUUACAGCCUUAAGUUACUUAUCUCACCCCACCUGACGUGCGUGACUCACGAAAAGGUUGCUGCGGCAGAUACAUGUGCAUAAACAUUGCUCGUUCUGAUUUUGAGCAUCGUUGCAUUUUUUUAAUGAAGAGGGCAACACUGGGAGAGACAACAAAAAAACUUGGUUCAGGAAAGAAUGUCACAAUCAGGAUUUAUCUCAAAACCGUUGUCAUUUUGUUAAAAAGUACCGACUUGGAAAUGGGGUUGUUGGAAACAUAUGUAAUUGUGUGUGAAUAAUAGAAUUACAUAAAGUUAUGAAAAUUACACGUAUAAUAUAUAUGCAUAUGGCUAGCAGCUUGUGGUCAAGCUGUCUCUUUUUAGCUUAUUGAGAUGAUCUUUUUAAAAGUUUCAUGGAAAGUGCGGUCUCUUCGUGAUUUUCCAAUGCUCUUUAUGUCUUUAAAAGAAUAAGGAAUAUUAAUCCUCAUGUAAUCCACUGAAAUUUGAGUUUUAAAUGUCCCAGAAUAAUGGCUGGGGGUACCUAUUUUAUUAUACUUUACAGCACUUUACAAUUCACUGCUGGAUGAAAGGCUCCCAGCAACCAUGUCAAUCCUGGGGGUAGUUAGACCAUAUUCCGUGCAAGUUGGUGAAGGUCGGGGUGGGGGGCGAUGGUUUAAAGAGGGGGCAGAACUGGUUUAGAGAGGGGGCAGGACUGGUUCAGAUAUCACUUUGCCACUGACGUUAGCUGUGACGGGUAAUAGAACUCAGGUUGUCUCAUUCAUAAUGCAGUGUGCUGACCACUGCGACACUGCUGUACCCCCACACAAUGCUAAGAUUGACACAUUUUUUAAAUACACGUGACAACAAUGAGGCGCAUCACUAUGCUUUAUUUAUAAACGGAUACAUUUAGUAUAUGCCAGGAUCAAAGUUGUUCUCACCUUAUUAGUGUGCUUGAAUUCUGUAUCAUGCAAUAUUGUUGUAUAUCCGUGUGCACGUGAAUGUAUACAUGUUUAAGGAGUGCCGCCUGCUCAGGAUGAGUACACACACGUGUACUGAGAUAACACUGUACAAAGUAAUACAAAUAAAAAACAUCUGGAUGUUGUGUUCUGCGUAAGUGUUAUGCCGAGAUUUACCUCUGGGCACUUUAGAGCCAGAAAAUUCCUGCCUCGAAGUGAAUUUACCCAACUAGUUCUAUCCUGCUGUAGUUUUUUUUCCCAGCCUUGCCCGCCUUCGUCGGUGAAAUGGACAUAGUUGUAUAUGUGCGUAGAGGAGCUGGCUGUAUUGCAAUGGUUUUUUCACUACGUUACAAUCCCAGACACCUUGGUUUUAUUCUUGGCCAAGUACAACAUCACACAAAUCCCACCAAUUAAAGUGUUAGGCUGCAGGUUUUCCAACCCUUUUACAGGAUACACAUUUUUUCUCCAAAAAUGGUAUGAAGCAGUAUUAGCUUUUGAAAAUUGGCAUUUUGAUAAAAGAGUAUAACAAUUGGGCAGCCUACCGCAUACAUCGAUAGGGUUGCCAAUUAUGCAACAUGAGUGACUGAAAUGAUAUCUACACCUGUUCGGGCCUUUUU